AUGUUAACAAGAAAGAGAUUGAUGAGGCUCAAUUUUGAAAAAGACGUAUUUGGGGAGUUGACUGACGGGGAGGAUUGUCGUGUCCAUAACGGGGAGAAAAAAGGCUCUCUCAAGCAAAUUGAUGAUAUGCUCUCUCAAGCCGUCAAUGAACUCGUUAUUGAACAGUUGUCGCGCCCUAGCUCAAGAGCAUCUCCACGACUGUCAAACGAAUCAGGCGAGUACUCAAUGACGAGGACAACAAGACGAAUACGAUCAUCGUCAGCAUCCUCGCCACGCUCGCCUAGGUUCUCUAGUCCUGCGCGUGCUGAACCUAUUAAUCGGAAUGAACAGCCAUGGUCCACUCAAAGUAAUAAAUAUGAUUACGCAAGAAUAACGCUUAUAAGUUCCCACUUUAUCGUCGCAAAUGCAGAAGAUUGGUCGCAGACAAUGCUCACCCUCGCCAACGAGGUGUCCUCCUAG